ACUCGGCGGGCGCCGCGGGCGCCGCGGCAUGGUCACCUAGCCGGGCGCCGGCCAGCCGCCAUGCCGCUGGUGCCCAACCUGGGCCCGCAGGUGGCCGCGCUGUGGGCGCGCGCCCGCGCCGCCCUGCCCGACUCCUGUCUGGCUGGUGCCGACGAGAGUCUGCACUUUGCCAAGUAUGGCCGCCGGCCGGGCGACACAGAGCUGGCCGGCCUGGGCAAAGAUGGCGGCGGCCGUCCGAACGGCGCCGCCGGCGACGAGCUCGGCGAGGGCGGCUCGUCCGGAGACAAGAUCGACGAGUGGCAGGCCGGCUGGAACGUCACCAACGCCAUCCAGGGCAUGUUCAUCGUCUCUCUGCCGUACACGGUACUACACGGCGGCUAUUGGGCCAUUGUGGCCAUGAUAGGCGUGGCCUACAUCUGCUGCUACACCGGCAAAAUACUGGUCGACUGCCUAUACGAGCAAACUCCCGAUGGCGAGCUGGUGCGGGUGCGGGACAGCUACGUCAGCAUCGCCAAGAUGUGCUUCGGCCCGCGGUGGGGCGCGCGCAUUGUCAACGGCGCUCAGCUGAUCGAGCUGCUGAUGACCUGCAUCCUGUACGUGGUGCUGUGCGGCGACCUGCUGGUGGGCAUGUUCCCCGAGGGCCAGAUCGACACCCGCUCCUGGAUGAUGCUCUGCGGAAUGCUGCUCAUCCCGUGCGGAUUUCUGAAGAACCUCCACCACGUAAGCACACUCAGCUUCUGGUGCACCAUGGCGCACUUGGUCAUCAACGUGCUCAUCUUCUGCUACUGCCUGUCCUGUGCCGGCGACUGGGGCUGGUCCAAGGUAAAGCUGCGCAUCGACUUCCUGCACUUCCCGAUCGGGUUGGGCAUCAUCGUGUUCUCGUACACGUCUCAGAUCUUCCUGCCGUCGCUGGAGGGAAACAUGCGCGACCCGAGCCGGUUCGAGUGCAUGCUCGACUGGUCCCACAUCGCCGCCGCCGCCUUCAAGUCGCUCUUCGGCUAUAUCGGCUUCCUGACGUGGCAGGGCGCCACCCAGGAGGUCAUCACCAACAACCUGCCGUCACAGAGCUUCAAGCAGCUCAUCAACUUCUUCCUGGUGGUCAAGGCGCUGCUGAGCUACCCGCUGCCGUACUACGCGGCGUGCGAGCUGCUGGAGCGCACCUUCUUCCAGGGCCGGCCGUACACGAUGCUGCCGUCCAUCUGGGCGCUGGACGGGGAGCUGCGCACCAUCGGACUCGCCUUCCGCGUCAUCGUGGUCGUCUUUACUAUCAUCAUGGCCGUCAUCAUCCCGCACUUUGCCAUCCUGAUGGGCUUCAUCGGCAGCAUCACGGGCGUCAUGCUCAGCUUCAUCUGGCCCUGCUACUUCCACCUGAAGCUCAAGUGGGAGUCGCUGUCGUGGUUCACGCGGGGGUACGACAUGUUCGUCAUCUUUCUGGGCGUGCUGUUCGGCCUGUGCGGUAUCUACACGUCAGGGCGCGCCCUGGUCGAGGCCUACCGCAUCGGACUGCCUUUCUAGAGGCACUGCGCCCUUCAGCUUCCGCCCGUGGCGGAGGAUAAGCGAUUGGGCCGAUUGAAGUUGGGAUAAGAAGUAAUGCAAUGACCGAUUGAAGCAACAUGAAAGCAGUAAUCGGCAAUAAGCAGGCAUAUGCUGCCGAAAUGACAAUCAGUCUUCCACGAUGAGUCUUCCAGACUACGCGUCUAGUCUUCUAGACCGAGUCUUCCAUGUAACACCGUCUUCCAAGUUGAGUCUCACAAGUUUUCGAGACUUCCAGGUAACGAGUCUUCCAGAUGUUGAUUGGGAUUGUGCGACUGCGUGCAGUUUAAGUGCGCAAAGCAGAAAGGUGGCCAUGCUGCCGGACCAGUCUUCCAGGAAUUAGUGCAAUGAAGUCUUCCCUUUGUUGAGUGUGAUGCUGUGUGAUGUUGUAAUGUCUAUGGUAGAAUGCUUGGUGUCUCGUUGUGAACUUUGUAUAUCCAGGGUGGGCCAGUGCGGGCUGGGGGCACACUGACAGGGGCGGCUCGGCCGCCGGACUCUCGAGUCCGCGGCCCGGCCAAGCGCUGGAGCAAAAAACUUUGACGCUUUAUUGACUGACAAGAAUCCGUGCAGCUAUCAAGCCGGCUCAGCAGUAUCUCCGCUGACUCGCUGAGAGCUUACUUCUUAGAGUUCAUCGCUGUAGGGCUGUUAACAGGCGUCGGUAGGACAAUUUUUGAUAGCACGUUGCAGGGAACUUUUUGAUGAAGUUUUUAUAAAUUGCAUCCAACUCCAGAAGGAACCGGGGAUAUGUGACUGGUAACAGCUUACCCUUGCUAUCGCCGUCAGUUUUUCCUUUUCCCCACCCUCAAGUGCCGAGCAUGUCAAUGACCCAAAGAGCCAUGUCCUGAAGGACCAUCGACGCAGCGGGACAAGCCGGGCAUCAGAUACCAUCUCAUGUAACCUAAGACCGGCCUCUACCCUACUUCUUUCCUCUGCCUCACUCCUUUCCUCUGCCCCGCUUCCCUCCUCUGCCCUGCUCCCCUCCUCUGCCCGGCCAGACCCGCGGUCCGGCGCCGGGUGGCGCCCGAGCUCCGAGAGGUGUCUCUCUGCGGCCCGCGGCGCCGGCGGCGGGUGUCGGCCGGCGGCCGGGCGCCCGGCAGGCUGGUGCCACCGCCCGACCGUCGGCAGAUCAAUACGGAGCCGGCUCCUCCGCUCCGGGCCCUCUGCCAGCCUCUCCGGCCUCUCCCGACCCCGCCCGAGGCGAGUCGAUACCUCCCCGCCCGCCGCCCGAGCGCGGCCUGUGGUCCACAGCCCAUCCGCCGUCGCCAGCUCGAAACCGACCCCCGCCUGUCCGCUACGGCUAAAUAUGAUGGCUGAACCGCUCCUAAAAGGCUGAACAAGACAGCUACAAGUCGGCUGCAGAUUCUGACACUGAAAGAAAUUUAGAUUAAUGAUUCUGUUCACGCUAGUAACCAUUGCUACUGCGUGUUACAGGCAUUUAGGCAUUGUGACACGGUGCCAGCGCAGUGGUUGUUCUCGAUAUUUUAAUUUUUCGUUGGUAAAGGCACAUAAAAUAAGUAUGUUUGUGUGGAUGUGUUUCAUGACGAUAACAAUUAGACGCUGUUAUGUGAAUGUAAACACGGGCGUAUAGCGUUUUGAUAAGUGCAAUAUCAUGGUCAUGUAGUUUAUAAUACGCAUAUAUUCAUUAUUUAUUGUAAAGUUGUUACUGUCGUGUCAUAUUCACGUUAUCUUUUAUAUCCAACUUGUUCUUGUAAUGCGUAAGUGAUUUGUGCAACGUCAGUUAAUCUUGAUACUGUGAUAUCUUGGAGCCACCAGCAACUUCUUCAUAAGACCUUUUAACAUUCCACUACCUACCCUGCUACCUAUCAUAAUGGAAUGGAGAUGAUGUGAUGUGGAAUUAAACCUAGGUGGAUCAAUCAUUUAAUUAUCAUUAAAGUUUUGGCUUAUUUAGUCUGAAUUGGUCAUGUUGACCUCUCAUCUCGGCUAGCUCUGGAUUUGUUCAUGUUUGGUGUUUUGUUGAGUGUCAUUCCGGCGCCUGGUCAGGCCGCCCUGGCGUGUGUGUGGCAAUGGGGCGUGGUCUAACCGCCACUAACGCCCCGCCCUCCCUCUAGCCCCGCCUACUGGCCGCCCAGUAGACAGCGGUCAGGUCAGGGUCAGCGCCAAACAAAAAACACAAAUAAAAUCACAAAAUGGA